AUGAACGAACUGGAAGGCCUGCAGCCGCAGAGAACAGCUCUCUGCACAGAGAAUAAGAACCAGGACGCCCCAGCGCCCACGGCCAGCGGCAGCGCCGCCGGGAUGGCCAGCGGCGCCGGGCAGCCGCCCUUCCUGCAGCCCGCCUGCUUCUUCGCCGCCGCCGUGGCCGCCGCCGCCGCCGCCGCGCCUCCGCCGGGGGCGCCGCCGCCGCAGCUGAGCCCCGCGGGCGCGCAGCCCUCGCCGGGGGCCAAGCCGGCGGCGCCGCGGGCCGCCAAGCGGCAGCGCUCGGCCUCGCCGGAGCUGAUGCGCUGCAAGCGGCGGCUCAACUUCAGCGGCUUCGGGUACAGCCUGCCGCAGCAGCAGCCGGCCGCCGUGGCGCGGCGCAACGAGCGGGAGCGCAACCGCGUGAAGCUGGUGAACCUGGGCUUCGCCACGCUGCGGGAGCACGUCCCCAACGGCGCCGCCAACAAGAAGAUGAGCAAAGUGGAGACGCUGCGCUCCGCCGUCGAGUACAUCCGCGCCCUGCAGCAGCUGCUGGACGAGCACGACGCCGUCAGCGCCGCCUUCCAGGCCGGCGUGCUCUCGCCCACCAUCUCGCCCAGCUAUUCCCACGACAUGAACUCCAUGGCGGGCUCCCCCGUCUCCUCCUACUCCUCCGACGAGGGCUCCUACGACCCGCUCAGCCCCGAGGAGCAGGAGCUGCUCGACUUCACCAGCUGGUUCUGA